UGUUCCUCAACUAAAUUUGCACUGACAAACAAAGGAAAAUGACUAUUGAGCCAUCGAACAACAUGAACAGGGCUUCGACCAGUUGGCAUUCCCAAAGCCGGAGGUGGAGGUGGAGGCCUUGUUGUCUCUCCACAAUAGCAAAAGGUUAGAAGACAUCGUCGCUGCACUGCAGUGGCGAAACGGUAAGGAGUUAAUUGCCUCGUAGGGGAAAAGUGUGGCAUCGCUGGGAUCUGGUAUUGCCAGGUUGCUUUGCUUUUGGUCCUUGGGCGUCCUUGCUCGCCACGUGCCCCACCUUGCACAUCACUCCGUUACGAUUUAUUCAGUCUUGCGUUCGGAGUCUCGUUCUCUGGUCUGCUAUUUUUAGCUAAUUACUCAGGGGUUGGAAGGACGGAAGAUUGCUGGGUCUUUGCGGCGAAUGGCGACGGUGGGGGCGGGGGCCAGGGCUUCGGUGGCGGUGCCGGGGCUGUACGUGCAGGACGCGAUGAUUUCGUGGUUCCAGAGCGAAUUCGCGGCUGCGAACGCGAUCAUCGACGCGCUAUGCGGCCACCUCGCGCAGAUCGGGAGCGAGGACGAGUACGGGGAGUUUUUCGCUGCCGUACACCGGCGGCGUCUCAACUGGAUCCCGGCGCUCCACAUGCAGAAGUACUACUCCAUCGCCGACGUCUCCGCCAAGCUCCGCUUGGUGGCGUCCAACCGCGUGGUGCCGAAGGUGAAUCCUCUGGAGACAUUGACAACGGAGGAGAAACCGAGCGAGAGCGAAAUCCCAUCCACGGAGGCGGAAACUGCUGCCUCGUUGAAAAGAGCGGUUGCCGAUGACAUUGAGAUCGUAGUUGCAGAGGAAGCGGCAGCUGAGGAUCAAGAAACUUCGGAUGAAUUGGUAGAUGAUAACAAUGAGAUCGCGCGGAUCGACGAUGAAGCUUCGGCGAUGGCGGAGCUUUCUUCUGGAGGAGAUUCUUCGGAAUACAAGAACAAUGCACAAAACGGUGACGCCAACGGAGGAUCACAAGAGGAGCACGCUUCGGUACAGAAGGUCCACAUUUGUGCAGACCAUGGAGAUUGUUUUGUGUGCCCGGAGAGGAUCAAAAUCUCAAAAGGUUUUAUGGCGAAGGAAUUAGUGAAGGGGCAUAUGGUCAAUGUUGUUAAAGGUCUCAGGUUAUACCAACACAUAUUCAGCGAAUCAGAGCUACCUAGUCUUGUUGGAUACAUCAAUGAACUUCGUAUGGCAGGACACAAAGGAGAACUCUCAGGGGAAACAUUUAUAUUCUUCAACAAACAAAUGAAAGGGGGUAAGAGGGAGAUCAUUCAACUUGGUGUUCCAUUGUUCCAAUCAGCUACUGAAGAUGCAGCAAGUAACAUUGAAUCAAUUCCCCCAGCUUUGCAAGCGAUAGUUGACCACUUGGUUCAAUGGCGCUUGAUACCGGAAAGUAAGAAGCCCAACCACUGCAUUAUUAACUUUUUCGACGAGGAUGAACAUUCACAGCCCUACUUCAAACCUCCACAUCUGGAAAAUCCCAUUUCUAUGUUUCUCCUCUCUGAAACUACAAUGGCUUUCGGGCAUUCUUUUAGCAGCAAUCAUGAAGGAAACUACAACGGAACCCUGACACUUUCACUAAAGCAAGGAUCUCUUUUAGUUAUGCGCGGGCACAGUGCUGACAUCGCAAGGCAUGUUGUGUGCGCAUCGCCAAAUAGGAGGAUGAUCAUCACAUUUGUGAAAGUUAAAACUGCCACUCACCAUGCAGAUUCACCAACUGCCUUGCAGGCAAACACAGCAUUGACCGUGUGGCAGCCUGGAAACCCAACUUCCAUCCAAGAGGUGCCUAGCAGUGGAGCCAUCGCGUAUGGGCCUCAGGCCAUGGUUUCGACUGCCUGGGGAUUGGCUCUGCGCUCCCCUGUUGUCAUGCUGGCACCUCCUAGAGCUGUUGCCAUGAGUGUCACCGACAAGAAGGUGUCAUGCAAUGGAACAGGAGUCUUCUUGCCAUGGGCGGUCAGGUCUAAGAAGCACACCAAGCAUCUUCCCCCACGUAUCCAGAAGAGGAGGUUACCAUCUUUCCCACAAUUGGAAGCGCAAGCUUAGGUUCUCUCACUUGAAAUUGCGGGUUAACUUGGCCAUCAUGCAGCUCUUGAGGUGCAUUUUCUUUGCCAAGUCGGCAGUGAAUGUAAUUAUGGCUUCGUCAAAGUGGUGGAGAGGGAAUUUUAUGCCAAGCAGGUUUUUCUAGUUGUCCCGUGGAAGAUUAAGAAAAACUUGUUGUCUCCGGAUAGCUUCUAGAGUAUGCAAACUGAUUGUCGAGGUUAGUGUU